AUGCCACCUAGGCCAAGACCUCCUUACACCCCCAAAGAUGACCUUGCUUGGGAAAGAAGCGAUGAAGCUGCCGAUGUGUGGGAAAUCUCUCUUCACAAAAGUGAAAUUUAUCGGGCGAUUGCUGAAUUGAUCUUGAAAUACCGCCCAGGCGAAGGGGCAGAGCUACACCGGCCAAUUCGAGGAGGUUACAACAUUGUCUAUCGUCUCGAGUACAAGGAUGGAUCCUCGGCUGUGAUGAGAGUUCCCAUUAAAGGUCCAGUGAAGUUCCCCGAAGAAAAAGUGAAAUACGAGGUGGCCACGAUGCGAUUCAUUGCGACCAAUACUACCAUCCCCGUCCCUAAGAUUUAUUUUGCAGGACGGCAGAUGAAAAUCCGACUGGUUUGGGGCCGUUCAUAA